AUGGGUGUUUACAUUCUCGGCUCUCCUCCUGCUAGCAGCACUUCCCAGUCAAUAAAAUCUGCUGCCAAAGCCCUCGCAAGAGGGUGUAAAAGCUACUACACUGGCGACAACCCAGGCGAUGUCCCGGGUAACUUGCCUCCUCCUUACUACUGGUGGGAAGCAGGCGCCCUCUUCGGCGCAUUCAUUGACUACUGGUUCUACACUGGUGAUGACACCUACAACGACAUAACCAUGCAGGCGAUGGUCCAUCAAGCGAGCCAUGACCGUGACUUCAUGCCCACCAACCAAACAAGAGCUGAAGGGAACGAUGACCAGGCCUUCUGGGCUAUGACCGCCAUGUCUGCGGCGGAGCGCAACUUCCCCAAUCCCCAGCCUGACCAACCGCAGUGGUUAGCACUGGUGCAGGCUGUGUUCAACUUGCAAGUCGGGCGCUGGGACAAGGGGGCCUGUGGAGGUGGGUUGAGGUGGCAGAUUUUCCGGUUUAACAACGGGUUCAACUAUAAGAAUACGAUAUCUAAUGGAUGCUUCUUCAAUAUGGCGGCGCGGCUGGCGACCUAUACGGGUAAUGAGACGUAUGCAAAGGGGGCGAAAUUACAGGGGGCCGGGAGGGAGAGGUUUGAUCGUGUCCCGGUAAACAUCACUGACGGAAAAGACAAGACCAACAACAGCGACAAGUGGAAAACGCGCGUUCAGGGCAUAGUCGACGGCUUGGACGUCUUCUUCUUCAAUAACACAAACAUCAUGUUCGAAGUCGCCUGCGAACCGAACGGCAAAUGUGAGACAGACCAACGCUCCUUCAAAGCCUACUUAGCACGGUGGAUGGCCGCAACAACACAGGUAGCCCCCUUCACAGCGGAGCAGUUAUUGCCAAAGUUGAGAGCAUCCGCCAUGGCAGCUGCAAAAGUCUGCACAGGGACCACGGUGGGGCAACAGUGCCCGCUCAAAUGGACCACGGAAACAUUCGAAGGCGAAACGGGCCUGGGAGAGCAGAUGGCUGCGCUGGAGGUUAUACAGUCGAAUUUGAUAUCGAAGACCCCGCCACCGUUGACCAAUCUGACUGGAGGAACAAGCCGAGGGGAUCCCAACGCUGGCCUUCAGAGGGGGAGGGGCGAUCAGACUCCGGAUAUUGCGACAAGGAAAAUUACGGCAGGGGAUCGCGCUGGUGCUGUGAUUUUGACGGUUCUUCUCAUUCUCGUUUUGUUGGUGUCCCCCUAUUGGCUGCUUUGUGUGUAG